AUCUGCGACUAGGAAAAAUAGAGUGUGUCAUACAGCAAACAGAAACCUCUUGGAGAAAAGGCAAAUAAAUGCAAAAUAUGCCUGUUUUGGAGCACAUUAAAGCCAUGGCCGAGACUCCAACUCCAGCUGGGGACACAACGGUGCCUGCGGAUGUUGAUGCUCCUCCCCAAGCAGUCCGGGAACUGACGCAGACAGAUCACCUAAACAGGCGCCUUCUGAAAUCGCUGCUGGACAACAUGCAGGCCACAGAGGGCGUUGCGCAGGACAAUGAUAACGGGUCCAAUGAGGAGGAUAACGAAUUCGAAGAAUAAAUCCUUUUAAUAUAUUACAGUAAA